UAGAGAAUAUAAAGCAGCGAAGGAUCAAACAACGCACUAAUUUCCAUAUCGUUUUCUUGCAGACGACGUCGCUCGACUCUGAAUACGGAAAUACGCCAAAACACACAAAAUGUGCGGAAUUUUUGCAAUAUUUUCAAGGGAUUCGAAGCCUGUUGGCACGCAGGUUCUGCACGGCAGCAAGCAUAGUCUGCGCGAGAUGGCCUACCGCCAGAGUGGAAAGCAGCGGCAUCGUGGCCCCGACUCUACUGGCGUCCAUGUCAUCGCAGAGGAUGGUGUGGCCAUGGUCCACGAACGUCUGCGCAUUGUGGGUGUGGAGCGGGGUGACCAGCCGUUUGUGUCCAACGAUGGGAACGUGGUGCUGGUGGCCAACGGAGAGAUCUACAACUACCUGGAGCUGUCGGCGGAGAUAGCAAAGCGGCUUGGAACCUACAAGCCGAAGAGUGACUGUCACGUCAUCCUGGAGUUGUACGAGGUCUAUGGGGAGGAUCUACUGAGCCACAUCACCGGAAUGUUCGCCUUCGCCCUGUACGACAAACGCACGAAGCAAGUGCUCCUUGCCAGGGAUCCCUUUGGCAUCAUUCCCAUGUACAUCGGCGAGGAUAAGGCCGGUAACAUGUGGGUGGCCUCCGAAAUGAAGUGCUUGGUGGACACUUGUAGCAAAGUGGAGACGUUUACGCCGGGCGAAGCUCGCUUCGGACGCGUGGGAGAGAUGCGAACCUUCCGGCACUUUCAGCAAUCCUGGAUCAAGGAACUUCCUACCAACCCUUGCGACCUGAACCUACUCCGUUCCAGCCUGGAGUCGGCGGUGCGCACACAUCUCCACUGCGACGUCAACUUUGGGGCUCUGCUGUCGGGGGGCGUGGACUCCAGCCUGAUUGCCGCGAUCGCCACGAAGAUCAUGCGGGAGAAGGACCCUUACUAUCGCCUGAAGACCUUCUCUGUGGGUCUGGCCGAUGCGCCCGAUUUUAAGGCGGCCCGCCACGUGGCCAAGUACAUCGGCAGUGACCACAAGGAGAUCGUCUUUCAAAUUGAUGAGGCCCUAGACGGGAUCCGCGAUAUUGUCUAUCACCUGGAGACCUAUGACGUCACCACUGUGCGCUGCAGCCUGCCAAUGCUGCUGCUGACCCGCUACAUCAAGAGUACCGGCAUCAAGAUGAUCCUCUCCGGCGAGGGGGCGGACGAGAUCUUCGGCGGAUACCUGUACUUCCACAAGGCCCCCAACUGCGAGCAGUUCCACCAGGAGCUGGUAAAGCGCGUACAGCAGCUACAUCUCUCCGACUGCCUGCGCGCCAACAAGGUGGCGAUGGCCAAGGGCGUGGAGCUGCGCGUACCCUUCCUGGACACGGGCUUCGUCAAUCAUGUGAUGCAGAUCCGGCCCCAGGACAAGAUUCCUGGCGAGCUCAACGCGUUUGCCGAAGCCCUAGGACCCUUGAGGCGCAUUGAGAAGUACGUGUUGCGGGCUGCCUUCACCGAAAACUAUUUGCCGGACGACGUGCUUUGGCGCCAGAAGGAGCAGUUUUCCGACGGCGUCGGCUACGACUGGAUUGAUAGCAUCCGCCGUGUGGCCACCAGUCACGUGGGAGACGAGGAGUUCGCCGAGGCUACCCGCAGAUUCCCCUUCAACACGCCCACCACAAAAGAGGCAUUCUACUAUCGAUGCAUCUUCGAGGAGCAGUUCCCGGUCGAGGGAGCGGCCCGCACGGUGGUCAGGUGGGUGCCACGCCUGGAUUGGGGCUGUCCGGAGGACCCCUCGGGACGGGCACAGGCCGUCCAUCAAGUCAAUAAAGACGUUAUAAUUUAAUUUACUUAAGUUAGGUAGAAAUAGCAUUUUAUUGAAGCACAAUGAAAAGAAUUUCUAGCAAUGCAAGUACAUUAAUCGAAUCUACAGACACCUAUAUACCCACUAGUAUGAUUAAAUAAAUCUCAGCUCA